AUGGAGAGGCGACGCAAAAAUGGCAGGACAAAAGAUGAUGGAGGAGCUCUCACCAGAGUCGUCGAGGUCGGGGGAGCACCGGCUUCGUCGGAGAAGCGCCCGUGGCGGCUGGCCUGCCUGCCUGCUACGGCCGCGCGGGAACAGAGCGAAACAGGGGCAGACCUACCGCUACAGCAGCGCGGGGCGGCCGCCCCAGACCCCAGGUGGCCGUUUUUCUUUUGA